UCACAUUGCUGCCAACCUUCAAAGUCUGACUGACGCGACGCUAAAGCGGUUGCUUUGAUAAAGAUAUAUUUUGGUUUAAAUAAGUUUACACAGCAUAAAAAUGCAAUUUGAGUUUAUAAUACCGAACAAAAAUGCUGAUCUAUUGGAUAUAGAUGCACCCAAAAAUGGGUAUUAUGUGAAAAAAGUGCAUCAACUGGCUGAAAUACCUGAAUUACUCAAAAGAGCCAGGGCAGCGUCUCAAGUCAAAAUAUAUUACAUAUUUGACCAUUUUGAUGUAUUUUUUUCCUUGGUGGAAAGAUCAUCAAAUGUUUCUCCAAGCAUCGCAAUUUGUGCCUUUGAUUUACUCUACACAACAACAGAUAAAUUGGGGCAAACCCUGGCAUCAGCUCUGGAGCAGAGCUCACUGGAGACUGAAGAGAGGGAUUCUCUGCGGAAUGCCACUAAAAUGAUACUAUAUCUCGUGACCGCAGUUGUAAAGGCAACUGAUCAAAUUUAUCUCAACAACGCCACGGGAGGUGACAAAAAGAAGGGCGCUCAGAAGAAUGAUCAGAACUUCCAUUUAAGCAAUUGGGAGGAAAAGCGAACAAAGAGUCUCAUUCAGUUAUACAAUAUGCUUCAGCUUCCGCUGGAGCAGCUGUGGGAGAGAUCACUUGUUGAGGAAACAUUUGUCACGAUGAUCUGCGAUGUAGCUUAUAGGACGCUGGAAUCUGACUUUUCAAAGGCCAACAAUGUCUCAGACGCAGUCUUUCAGAUUCUUGGAGUGGCAAUCAAGCGAUAUAAUCAUGCCAUGCACUUUCCUGUCCGAAUUCUCUCAAUUCUCCGCAACAGCGAAUCAUCCGUCUCUGCAAUUGCCGAUGGAGUUUGUCUGCUCGAGGAAGACUUUGGCAUCAAAACUCUCUGUUCCAUGCUGCUCAGGGACUUGCUCGAAACCAUAUCCAAUGAGUCUGAAGACAGCAAAACAGUUAAACAUGCAACAAUGUUCCUGAAUCGACUCUCCACAGUGGCUCAGAAUCUCAUUAUGCCACACAUUUCUAUGCUAGCGGACAGUAUGUUGGAUUUGGAAGCGUAUCAAUUGCGGAUGUGCGUCCUACAGAUCAUGGGAGAUAUUGUGCGCAGCCAAUUGACAUCUGAAGAGCUCUCGGAUGAGAUGAAGGAAACUCGUGAAGAAUAUUUGGAACAUCUCUAUGAUCAUGGGCAAGAUGUAAAUGCCUUUGCGCGCUCAAGAGUCCUUCAGAUUUGGAUACAGCUGAAGGAGGAUAUGGCUAUUCCUCUGGUGUGGCAUAACAGAGUCCUACGGUUAGGUGUUUCACGGCUUGAAGACAGAACAGCUUCAGUGAGAAAACAUGCAGUUGUCCUCAUAAAAUCCUUCCUGGAGAGCAAUCCUUUUGCCGGAAAACUGUCAAUGGAGGAGCUGAAGCAAGAAGUGACUGUGCAGGAAGAGAAACUUCAAGUUCUCCGUGAGAAAGUUCUACAAAUUGAACGGGAAUGGACAGAUAUAGUUGAAGAUGCUACUUCAAUUGUCACAGAAUAUCUCUCUCAUUUGGAUACCAAUGGAAAUGGUGAGCAUCAAUUCACGGGGACUCCUUCAAACCACAUUGAGAAUCAGUCGGAAUUGGUAACGGGAUUUCUGGAGAAGAAAGAUUACCUCAGUGCCCUCAAAGUGGUAUACAGUAGUGACAUGGCUAUCUCAAAUAGUCCCGUCAGUAGCAUGGAAUUGGGCCAAAAGUGUUCAUACUACGUAGCUCUGCUCCAGACCUACUUCUACAUGCUGAAAAAUCACCCGGAAAUCCAAAAGGAAUUCGAUCAGCAAAAAAAUACCAUUCAAUUUCACAAUGACUGCAUCGAUUUCCUGGAUAUUAUUCAGGAGGCAAUGCCCAAGAUUAUGCAACUGCUCUCAUCCAAGACAAAUAGUGAUGUUUGCGAGGCCAUAAAUUUCUUCACACUUGGCUAUCAAUUUGAUGUGAAAGGCACAAUGGAGGGGAUGCACAAGAUGCUGUCGGUAAUCUGGUCGAGUGACAAGGAGAAGAAAGAAGCAGUUAGUGCAGCAUACAAGAAGGUUCUUUUUACCACGGACUGCAAAGGACGUCAACAUGCCGCAAAAGUUGUGAAGAAUCUCUGUAAUUUUAUUGGUGAAUUGUCCAUUGGACGCUACAUGUCCAUGGAAUUCCUCAUCAAACAGUGGGUUGAGGAUGAAGAUAUUGAUCAUCAGAUUAUUCAAGUGCUCUUUGAGAGGUUCACAAUGAAACUGGAAGACACAACCGAGAAGGAAGCUAGAGAGGCUCUGCAAUUGCUUGUUCUUAUAUCAAGAACUAAAAAUUCGGUGGCAAACGUAAAUAAAGGUGUCAUUGAAAGCAUUGCAUUCAGUGAGAGAGGUCUAAGUGAUUCUCUGCUGUAUGCUAGUUGCAUUGAUUUCCUCAUGAACAUAAAUACUGGUGACACUGCUGAUAAACGCAUCAAGAAAGAUAGCGAUAUAGUGGUAAAAAUAAGGGAUAACUUCAAAUUAUUUUUCUUCACACCGGAUGUUGUAAAUUUCAAUGAUAUCGCUUCACGAACCACAGAGUUCAUCUAUAAUAUGGUGCAAUCACCAGAUGCUGUCUGUGAAGAUAUUCUGUUAAUAAUUCUCGAGAAAUGUAACGAGAUUGCCAAUGGAGAUAGAGAGAGUGAGGAGAGUGUUAGGUUGUCACAGAACAGCAAAAUAGUCCAAUAUACACUAUGCAGUGAGAUUCUGAAGCGAUUAAUCUACACAAUAGGGAUGUUUGCUUUGAGGGAGUUGAUCUUCUUGGAUACAAAUGUGUACCACAAUAUGAAAUAUCGACAGGAGUUGAAGAAUAUGAAGAAGAAUGUUGUCAAUGGACGUGCUAAUAAAUCAAUAUCAUCACCAGCUCUUGAUACAUCAGCUAGCAAUGCUCUCAAGAGAAUGGCAGAUCCGGAUGAAGAGGCUCUUGUGGGUCCAACAGCUGAAGACAAUAUUGCCGAAGUGAUUACAUAUAUCUAUGAAGAAGUUCUUUUAUUCAAAUCUCAGAGUUUUCUGAAAAAAUUCACUUCCUGCAUCACUCACAUUUGUCGCAAUCCUGCCAUUUACAAUGACGAUGAACUCCAACAGACGACAAUAAUCACGUUAAUUAGACUGAUGUGUGUAUCAUCAAAGUUCUGUGAGAGCAAUCUUGGAUUGCUUAUGAACAUUUUAAGUGGUACAAAGAAAUCAUCACUCAAAUGCAACAUAAUAAUCGGAGUGGCUGAUCUCACAUUUAGAUCACCAAAUGUGACUGAACCAUGGGCUGGACAAAUCUACAGUAAUCUCCAUGAUACUAAUUUACAAGUGAGAAUGACAACGGUUAAAAUGCUCUCUUACCUCAUCAUGCACGAAAUGAUUCGUGUCAAAGGACAAGUAUCUGACUUGGCACUGCGACUUGUGGAUGAAAAUGAGGACAUUCGAACGUGUACUGAGGAAUUUUUCAAAGAGAUUGCCACCAAAUCCACCAUGCUCUACAAUGUGAUGCCAGACAUCAUUUCACGACUCAGUGAUAGUACGCUCAAUUUGGAAGAGGAGAAGUACAGGACAAUAAUGAGAUUUAUCAUGAAGCUGAUUCGAAAGGACAAACACAUUGAAAAUCUAGUAGAGAAGCUAUGUUUAAGAUACACUGUGAUUUCCACAGAGAGACAAUGGAGAGAUCUUGCAUUUUGUCUUUCACUCUUAUCGUACAAUGAGAAAGCGAUAAAGAAACUGAUUGACAAUAUGAAUAAUUUCAAGACAAAAAUAUUAAAUGACGAUGUGUACGAUGCUUUUAAGUCUAUCAUAUCGAACACGGCAAAAUUGGCCAAACAGCCACUGAAGGAGCUCGUAAAGGAGCUUGAGUACAAAGUGGAGGAACUCCGCAAUGGCAAUGUCAAUAACGAGGAGGGUGAAGAUGGAGAAAAUGUGAGUGAGAGAAGGACACAGCAGAGAGGAAAUGCCAGUGCAAAGAAAGUUCGGAGGAAGCAAAAUGUGGUGAAGCCGAAGAAGAGAGGAGGUCGAUUUGCCCCAGAUUCUGACGAUGAUGAUGACUUUGAGAGUGAUAAUGACCGUGAGAAUCAAGUGCCUGCACACAAUUCUCGGCCAAGAAGGGCAACAAAAAAUGCCACAGCAAUUGUGGAAUCUGAUAACAGUAGCUCAGACUCAGAGGAGAGACAGAGAGUUGUGAGAUCGAAGAGAAUUAGAAAAUAGGUAGUGUUCUAAUUUUUACGUGUUAACACAGUAGGCAAAAAUCCAUUGUAAAUAUUCCUUUCAACGUGUAGAGAAGAUCUUUCUGAUAAAGUAAUUUUUAUUUGAACUUACAUUG